GUGCAGUAGGGGGAUGUGUAGUGUUGCCGUGUGUGUUGUGUUCUCUACACAGCGUUAACUCUAGGACUGAGAUUCAUUAUUCUUAUCUCUGACUCGUCUCACUCUGACCUCCUUGUCGAUUCCUCAGGUCAGGACCAGCUGUCUGGCCCUGUGUUUGUCUUUCAAGAUGGUCUGUAGGCGGGCACUCCUCUCUACUCUGUUUCUCUCUCUCUCCUUCGCCUUUAGUCAUUUUUAUCCCUGUCACUCGUUCCUCCUCCCCUCAUGUUCUGGUCUCUCCCCCUCUCUGCUGAGUGUGGUGGGUGAGUGAGGGAAAAGGAAAAAAAGAGAGUCUGGACUGGAGAGGGUAGGAUAGAGCGAGGGUUGGGGGAAGAAGGGAUUAAAAAGAGAAAAGGAGGAGGAGAAGGAAAUAGACUGGACGGGAGAGGGUGGGUUAGAGAGAGGGUUGGGGAAGAAGGGAGAAACAAGAUAACAGAAGGAAAUAGAGACUGGAUGGGAGAGGUUAGGAUAGAGCGAAGGUUGGAGAAAAAUGUGAAAAGAAGGAAAGAAAGAGAGACUGGACAGGAGAGGGUAGGAUAGAGCGAAGGUUGGGGAAGAAGGGAGAAAAAAGAGAAAAUGAUGAGGAGAAAGAAAGACAGGACGGGAUAGGGUAGGAUAGAGUGAGGGUUGGGGAAGAAAAGGAAAAUAGAAAAGGAGGAAGAGAAGGUGAGAAAGAGAGACUGGAUGGGAGACGGUAGGAUAGAGCGAGGGUUGGGGAAGAAGGAAGAAAAAAGAGAGAAGGAAAGAAAGAAAUAAAAAAGAGAGACGGGACAGGAGAGGGUAGGAUAGAGCAAAUUUUGGGGAAGAAGGGAGAAAAAAGUGAAAAGGUGGAGAAGGCAAGAAAGCAAGAGAAAAAAGAGACAAAGUGAGCAGUCUCGAUAUGCUAGAUGAUUUGGAGUUUUGAGGGGAAGAGGGUAGGAGGGGCGUUUGGAGUCAGGGAGGGGGAGAUGUGGGAACAUGCUGGCUCACUGCUGAAGUGUCAGUGUCUGCACUCUGCUGAGACUCAGACGGAAGGAAGGAGUAAACUGGUUCAACAUCAGUCCAACCAAGACUCCUGAAGAACUGAAGAACACACUCAAUGUACAAGAGAUAGUCAGGAAUAUCCAACCUGGAGGAAAAUUGAGGUUCAGUAAAAUAUGUUUAUUUUUUUCAUUAAAAACUAAGGUGUUUUGGUGUUAAAGCCUUGGUCAGGCUGCAGGGUGCUCUGAGACUCAUAGACGAAACACAGAGUCAUGGAUUCAUACUCUGACUCUCCUUUUAACUACUCCUGGCCCUCUUUCCCCAAGACGAGGAUACACAAGAAGAUGGACAAGCAAGAGAAGAGCCAGUCAAUGAGGAGGGCCCAGGCUCUGUCCUCUACUCUGGCUGCUGCCUCCAGACUCUCAGCCAUGAUCCACCAACCAGGGAAGGACCAGAUGCACACUAAUGCCAUGCUGGUGGACCAGGUGGAUGACCUGGAUAUAAAGUACCGUUCUUCAGUGGAGGAAGAGGUGAGCUCUGUACCACAGAGGAACAACCCUGCCUGGGACUCCUUCUUUGGAAGUCUCCCUGGCUCCAUGGCUCCUCACAGGGACCAGGCCUUCCCCCUUCCUUCCUCUCCCUUGGCCUACCCCUUUCCUUUCUCUGGUGGUGGAAAUAGGGGGAGGAUACAGCCGUCCGUCUCCCUCUCCUCUGGGCUCAGUCACAGAGGAACCAGUCAGCCUGAGAAGACCUGUGUACUGAGUUCCAGUCUGGAACCAGUAGAGUGUGACAGUUGGGAGGAGGCCACCCUGUGCCAGACUCCCCCCUCCCUCCCCAACUUCUCAUCUCCCUGGCAACGCUCCGACCUGCAUACUAUCUCUGGGGACGAGAGGGACUCCUUUGACAACUCGUUGCACUCCGUAAGAAGUUUGUUAACCUAA